AUGAGGAUAUUGCAACAGCAGUAUCGUCAACAGAAAUACACAAAGUAUUCUGAGCUCAUAUACACAUUACUUCAGGCCGAGAAGCAUGAUGAACUUCUCAUGAAGAAUCACAAUGCUCGCCCAACGGGUGCCAUGCCUAUCCCUGAAGCACAUGCUAAUGCUCAUUCUACUAGUAAAUUUGGAAACCGUAAAAGGAACUUCCAAAAAUUCAAGGGAAAAUGGAAAAAGAAUAAUGGUCAAAAGACCAACAGUCAAACUAAGGGGAAAGGUCAUUUCAAGAAAAAUGAUCAAAAUGACAACUCUCAAACUUGUCAAAGGUGUGGAUGCAUGAAUCAUCGUACUAAUCAAUGCCGAAUUCCCAAGCACCUUGUGGAUCUAUACAUGAAGUAUGGAGGAAAAGGCAAACAAGUUCAUGGAAAUAAAGCUGAAGCUCACUUCAACGCCAUUCAAGAUAACCCUCAAGCUGGUCCUUCUCAAAGCGAUAUUCAAGUAUACAAGCCAAAGGACAAUCUCAUCCUCGAUGAAGACAUGUUUGUGGAUUACACCCGAGAUGUUUUUGGAGACCUCAGUUAA